AUGGCAGACUUUACUAGUGAUAGCCUAGAGAUUCCAUGGACCGAUUUACGACAGUCUUGCAUCGAUCAUUAUGACGAUCUCCUCAAGGCCACCCGCGAUCAUCUCUCGGAGAAGACUUACGAAGAAUUGGACGUGUUUCUCACCAUGCUAUUUAUCCAAAAGCAAAUUCUUGACAACGGGGUUGCAAUGGGUUCAAUCGUGGUUCGCCAAAGAGGCAAACUUGUGGCCCAGCAAGAUGCGCCGAUACUUGACUCGUUCGAACUUCACCAAGUUAUCGCUUGGUGCGAAGACCUCAUCUCUUCCAGGAACGGUGAUAUCUCACCUGGAAUGGAUGAAUACCUUGCGGACAACGGCGUUCAUCCUACUCAGUUUCUCAUUACAUGCGAAUGGACAAGUUUAUUGUAUAUUGCGAGCGUGAUCAAGGGACCUCGAGCGACGCAUAAAGCGGUCCCUAGCGACACACUCAAUGUCCCCAUCCUCUCCGACUCGUCGUCCGAUGAUGAUUCUACGCAUCCGAAUGAGGUUGUAACAUUAUCCCAACUGCGCGAUAUCUUAGGAUAUGACUUUCAUCUAUUCUCCGAUUAUGCUGCUAAGCAUGUCUUAUCCCUUCUGCACCAUUUAGGUUUCUUCUACGAGUCCCGACUGCACCCGGAUAUCUUCUCCGGCGAUCCGCAAGAAACGUACUGCAUCUUCCCUCUGCCUCUUGGUCUGGACUUGUCCACCAACGUGGAACUUCUUUUCUCCUCCAUAGAGGCGUCGUUGUCUGACCUCGAUCUCUCUGUCAACGAGUUCGGAUUUCUGAUCCUUACUAGGAAGUUGUGGCCUGAUGGCUUGCUCUCCGAUUAUGCUCACAGGCGGCUCUGCAAGAGUGUCCUUUGUUGGAUCCUAGCCGAAGAUGUCAGUUUAGCUGCCAUUCUUAGGGAUUUCUUAGCGAAGCAGAAGCCCUUGCCCGGCAUUCGCUCCGCCAUGGACUCUCAUCCAUGGCCAUAUACACAAGACUCUCGCCCAUCGCCAAGCGGCUCCGCAAACAACGGGGGUGAUUACAUUGCCGCCAGACGGGGUAUGCUGAGUCGUUACGCAUGUCGAUGGCUCCGUGCCUUUCAUGAUCAAAAUCCACCGCAGUAUGCAGUUUUACUAUUCGGCCUUGCUCAGGAAAUCGCGGAAAUCGGGGACAUACCCGCUGAUUCGUCGAACGUAUGCAGGAAACCUACUGGGAAGCGAGUUACAUAUGACCGAACACUAAGCAAUAUUGCAGGAUUUAUGCGGGCUUCCGUCACUUUCACAGUUGGCGAUGACCUAUUUCUAUUCUGGUUGGAGUCCCUUCUGCCUGACUGUGUAUACACCGAGCCGAUGCCCUCCUUGCUCAGAUUGCUCCCCAAAGAGGUCGACUCUUUCCAGCGGACGAGUGUGUUCUUGGAUGCCCAUCCUCAGCAAGACGCCUCAACGACAUCGAUUGAACCAUGGCGCGUCGUGACGAAGACAGCGCAAGAGAACGUCGAGGGUCUCCAACGUGGUCUCAAGUGGCUACAUGUCCUCGUUCGCUCUGGGAUUGAUAUUCCUGCACCUACGUUUGAGCAAAUCUGUGACUACGCGCUCAACUACGGUACUCCUUUCGAAGAUAUACAUUUCUUCAUUGAGACUAUCUUUACAUCACUCUGGCUGAGAUCUUUGGGGCGACAGAGUCUCCAGCGGACCAUUGCCAGGCUCUGGAGUAAACAUGCUAGCACAGUAUGGGACAACCUAAAGAGUGCCACACAGCUCGAGACAACUAUGCGCUUCAUUCGUUAUUCUUUAGCAGCCAAUUUGAUUCUCUACGGCUGCGAAAGACAGAACAUCAUUACCCUUGGAUUCAUCAGCCAAGCGGAAGUUGCAGACAUACCCUCGCGGCGAAAAAUAACAACGAGAGCUGAAGAAAUCUCUGACCCCAUAACCAUUGAUCCUGAAAUUAUGGAAGUCCUCGAUGCAUAUAUCACAACAGAUAUCGAUGAACUCUCUUCAUAUAUCAUCAAGUUCUUGCAUGCGUUCUUGGCUGAGUCUCCUUUACUGGAAUCAUACGAAGUAGACAACUUCGUGCUGCGAAACGGUCAAGUACUCUGCCGUUGGGCGUGGAAAGCGUAUGACAUCCAACAGUUUGAUAUUUCUGCGAUUCGCCCAGCCUUCUUACUAAGGACAUUGGUCGUUGAUGAGGAACCCUUUCAAGCGCUACUAGAUGGUCUAUACCAGUCUUCCGUGGAUUGGAAGAUUCGCCUGGAUAGCGUUAGUCGUAUCUUCCGCAUUAUCCUUGAGACCCUUAGCGCUUCUUUCAAUGUGGAAGGGAGACAAUGGCGAUCAUCGGUAGCAAAUGUGUUUCGAAAAUUCUUCUCCGCGAUUUGGUCAGACGAAAAAGAAGAAGUGAGAUUGGAGGCCAAAAGCCUCUCCAGAACCUUGCUCCCUACUCAUCUCUUAGCCGUCGCACUUUGCUGGAACGAAGCUCUUAUGAAAGCCCCCAUGUCAGAACGAGUCGGCAUUACUUCAUUUUUGAUCGAGCUUCACUCCCAUUUCCCAGAGUGGCAGCUCCUGUCUUGGGAGGUCAUCACCGAAAUACUGUCAGAGCUCAACUACACCGAAAAACACGGGGAUGCUGAAGAUGGUCCAGCCUCUGCCCACCUUUCGAUGUACGGUAUUCACUCCGAAAAAGACGACGCUGGUUCGGUUGUCGGGCUCGACGACGAAAUGUCCCAGCUUCGGCGCGGCGUUCUACUAUUGAGCCUCCGAAUGGUAUCCGACGGUAUCCUCGUCGACAAUCAGACACUUAUGAAGGUCAAAUUACAUCUCUUACAAGCUCUUGGAUUCGACGGCGUUUCCACUGUGACCACCGCCGAUGGGCACAACUUCGACGUUCGUUUUAACGAAGUCAGAGUGAUGGAUGCUCACAUGUACCCUCUUGUCACCGAGUUGGUCGCCGUCCUCGAUUCACACCACAAGUUUUGGCAAGCCUCCAUCGUCAACGCUCCCCAGAAUGGGUCGUCCUAUGGCCUCGUAGGAGCUGUUUUCUCUGACGUCCUUAUCCGUAUAUUCUCUACCCUUGACGAUCUUACUUCGAUCCCCGUCAUGGUACUCAAGGGUCUCGUAGAAGGGCUGGGCAUCAUAAUUCACAAACAAGACUUUGAGGAGCGCCCGAUGCGACAUCUACAGCAACCACUUCGGAAGGCUAUGCAUAGACUACAUGAAGUCCUUCUUGGUGAAGGCAGCUAUGAAGUUCGCCAACUUGCCCUUUCUGUCACCCAGGCCUUCAUUAAGAAAUGCCCGACUUUCAUGGGCACUAUCAUAAUAUCUUCGGUUGAAACUGCGACCAAACUAGUUUCCUCGCAAGGUCAUCACGGAAUGAACGACCUUCUGGUUGCCCAGGCGCGGUCUUUUCUAGAGACUACUCUUACAGCGUAUGAAUACCCGAACGGUCUCUUCAUCAGCAUAUGCAAGCACGAAGUAGACGACGAGCUCUUUGUCGUCAUCAAACAACUCACCGACGCACAUGCGAAACCAUCAACGCGGCAUUUACGCGAAGUUCUGCUGCGGGAUACACUAAUGAAAGCAAUAGAAAGUGACCGGGAAUCGUUCCAGCACGUUCUGUUCAACUUGCAGUCAUAUGUUGAUGUUGUUCACCACGAAAACUAUACUGCCGAAUUGAUGCAAUUCGUAGGACAGUGUUUGACGCAUUUAGCUCGUCGAGCAUCAGAGUGGGCUGCAGAGUCGCUGGAUACAUCGCCUCUGAUCAUUAUCCCCGCGAAGUUGAUGCAAUUCAAUAAAGUGCAUAGUCGAGAAAUGUUCAACUACACAGAAACGAUGCUGAGGAUCAUACUAAAUCGGUUAGAUGUUAAGUCAUCUAGUCUGUCGCAAUUGAUACGGGUAGCCGCAACCAUCGUCAAGAAACCCUACCAGCCUAACACGCAUUCAACACAAACUCCUCCCAAUUCCAUCGUUCAAGUCGUCUUCGAAAUUCUAGGUGACGGCCUACGCCUGAAGUCCCGUGUUCAACCCACUACAAUUGCCUCUAUGCUAGAGGUAAUCACGACAUCCGAGCAUGGCAUUGACUCGCUGGCGAAGACGCAUCCAUUAUCCUUUUUGGGUCUUGUCGACAGUGGCUUUCACUUCCUCUCGCAUCACACAUGGACCAACGAACGCGCCGACAAGGAUUUUGAUGCAUCAAUAUCUGUGGCCAAAAUGGUGCUUGAGGCAGCGACCCUUGACAAAAACAUCAUGGUUAGGCUCUUCGAGCACGUAACCGAGAAGCGCACUAGCUUGAGCGUCCGUGGCUGGAACAUCAUGGUCCUGGCGGCGAUGACUGAGGUUACGGGAACUUGGGAAGAUAUACUGUUCACGCAAUUAGGUGCUUUCACGAUUGCACAUCAGACCACCAUUCUGGGCUUGAUAAACGCCGGCGGGCCGUUGUCUCAAAAUGCGAAGACAGAGGUCAACUAUGCCUAUAUAUCAAUGAAGGCCUGGCUUCUCCUGGCGCACAAAGUAUCGCUACGCAGAGAAGUGGAUGGUGCAACAUGGCUUGCCAUCUGGAGUGGAUUAUGGACACCUUUCGAAAGUCUUGUUGACGUUAUAGAGGCGGAAAACACGCCUGGCGUGUCUACGACACUUUCACUGGUAACAUGGGGAUUGAUCGCGGAUUUGCUAUUCUUCAUCAACUCUCUACGCUGUCCGCUUAGUUCUUCAACUUCCUCCAUGGUAGCCUUGCUGGAGCGUGUACGGAAUUCGACGCAGGCCUCAUCAUCGACGAAGAUAAUCAAGGCCUUAAAGAGUGCGUCGGAGCCGCCGCCUGAGCCGUCGUUAGAGGUCCUUGUGAGUCAGGCAGGGAAGGAUAUAAUCGCCGAAGAGAAAAUCAAAGUCCUUUGGGAGAGAGAAAACAGUGACCGCAGAGGGAAUCCAGAUAGACAUCGCCGAGAGCACAGGGCCGUAUCUUAA